GGUAGGUUGAAGGGAGGGAAGGAAAGAGACGCUGACAGUAUGUUAGUGGUAGGUGGGCUUGGCCGGGCUUGGCGUGGGUCCGCCUCGGUUCUAUUGGACAAUGGCUGCCUCAGCACACACGCCGUGAAGCGGCAUGUGAUGACCAAUGCUCGGCCUUUUCUACCUUAGAGUUCAAUAAGACGUAAUCAAAAGGCAGUAAUAUAGGUUUUGUGAUCUUCAGAGGAACCAACAGACUCUCGUGGGAUCUGGUUAGUGUUGGAUGCACAAAACAAACACGUCUCAUUUAUUGUUCUUACGUGCUAGCGAAAGUUUACUGAUGUCAGUUAAACGUGGAUACGGAUAAUAUCAGUGCAAUAAGGAUCACUGCAUGAUUAACUGACAGUGGAGUGCUGGACUGUUAGGCUGUAAUUCCAUUCUGUUAAAACACGGGAAACUUCAGCGCUCACAGUAGCACCGCCAAGGCCACAACACCAGCCCUUUCAUCGAAUUUUCUUGCCCACGUGGUUUGGGUACGGACGUCUUUUAUCUGCAAUUUGCAUGUGUGGCGAGCGGUCUCGGGAGAUACAAUGUCAACACGACUGAUACGAAGUCUGGCGCUUGUGAAUUUGUAUUGACAAAUACCGAGAUGUAACAUGUGGUACAGGGAAUACAGUGGCGGAGUGUUAUUAAAAGUAACGAAAACAUUCCAGUCCCGCUGUGGUUGUGAAAGAUUGUUGUUUUUGCCUUUGAAAUGCAGUUUUCAUUCGGCAACGUAAUGUUCAAGUGAUCGAACAGUUUGGUUAUUUAACAACGUGUGUGUUUAAUACCCAUUGGAACUUUCGGACAACGUAACUGACUUUGAUUCCGACUUGAAGUAUAUUCAUAAACAAACAUGGCUAUGAAUGUCAGUUUUGAUUACACAACAGCACCACCUGACCUGAACACACCAUAUGUGACUCCAAUGGCCAUGUUUGUGUCUGAUGACAACUUGACAAACAUCACCAACUCUGAUGUGGGUACUGGUUCUCACCAUGACCCGAUGUCUCCAGCUACCACCAGUCUGUGGACUAUUGUGGGAUUGUCUGUCGUCUUUCUUAUCAUUGUCAUCAUUGGUGUCAUCGGAAACGGAUUAGUUAUAUUUGUUAUUCUGUUAGAUAGGAAAAUGCGGCAGUCAAUAACCAACUUGUUUAUAAUGAAUCUGGCGAUAGCGGACUUGUUGAUCAUGAUGUUUGGAAUACCAGAAAUUAUCCAGUUCAUGAUGAGGACUGGUUGGAUCCUAGGGCCGAUUGCUUGCAAGUCUAAUCGGUUUAUAAUGACAGUGUCCCUUUACGCCUCUGUGCUCUGUCUUGUGUCCGUGUGCAUCGAAAGGUUUGUGGCGAUAGUGUUUCCCAUUAAGGCGCAUAUUGUGUGUACACGGAAGAAGAUCCUGUGCGUCAUAGCUUUCAUUUGGCCCGUCGCUAUAGGCUGUGGACUGCCUACAUUACUCUUCAACCAAGUCACACCAGUGGCUCCGGGACUUUCAUUGUGUCAGAUCAUCUUUCCAGGAAAUAACUUCCAGUUCUUUAUUAUUUUCAAAUAUCUUGAAUCGGUGUUAUUUUAUUUUCAACCCAUGAUCAUACAGAUAGUUCUGUACGCGGUGAUAGGUCGAAGGCUAUACGCAAGUACAGAGGAACUGAACACUCGAUUCCAGAUGCGUCCGGACGCACACUCCAAAACAGAAAGAUCCGCUGACACAAUAAAGGCAAGAAAGGGCGUUGUGAAGAUGCUUAUAGCAAGUGUGCUUAUUUAUUUCAUCAGCUACUCACCGCAACAAAUUCACCUUUUAUACAACACGUUCUCGAGAACACCGUUUCCAGAAAGUUGGCCAUUCCUUGUUUUUGUUAUGAUUAUAACCCAUGUGAAUUCCGCAGCUAACCCCGUGCUUUACAGCAUAUUUAGCCAGAACUUCCGCCGGAACUUCAAGCGAUGUCUGUGUUUCAUUUGCUAUCGGAUGGAGCGGAAGGCAUACCGGAGGACAAGAUUCGAUUCCUUCGACUCCCGUGCUGUUUCCAGAAGAAACAGCACAUCCCGCACCACUAUGUCCAGAGUGUAGAUUCCAUGUGGACAAGAUUGUACAUAAUGAGAAAUUGGAAGACACAUAUUCGAGACACACAAUGAAAUCUGAUCAUGUGUACUGUUGUGUGAUAUACAUACACUGAACACAACGAUAAAUGGGUCAGUGUGGUGUAGUUUACACCAUUUGUCAGCAGGGAUUGUCAGAUUAAUGUUUCAAGGUAUAUCAUUAGAAAUACAGUAUUCUUGUUUGUUGUAUGAGUUAUCUAUUUCGGAAAUGAAUGUACUUAUAAUUACAGUGCAAUAUUGGACAAUAUUGUAGUUGUUGUGUGGUAGCCGAUUUGCAAGCACACUUGAUGCACAACGUCAAAACGUGAUUCUGAAGACUGGCGUAUGAUAAACUAAAAAGAUCAUCGAUUUGUUAUGUUUGUCUCGUUAUGAAUGUAAAAUUAUAUUUUUGUGCUUCUCAUAGGCACUAAGUCGUAUAUGACGCUCAUAUGAAAUAGACACUUGUGUUAUUUGAUCAUAUUUUUUCUGACAUGUGCUUUUGCUUUGAGAAAGGGAAAUUUAUAAAAGUAUACAAAACUUUCAAA